AUGGCAACAGCAGCACGUCGUCCGUUACCUACACUCAAAGUAAAACAAUUAAAUCCUCCACGUAUACCAUCACAAAAAACAGAAUCAAAAAAUGGGAAAGAUAUUGAUCCGAUUGAGAAACGUCUUCUGAAUAUUCGUCUUCAUAUUCUGCAACCAACGGCUCGACGUACUCAAACACCUACGGAACCAACACUUGUUUUUGAUUCAUUUCUUUACAUAGGUGGCUUAAAAUCUCUUGGUAAUCGAGUUCGUCUUACACGUCUUAAAAUAACUCACGUUCUUUCCGUUGUAUUCAUUCCACCGGCAAAAAAUUUAGUUCCAUCACAUAUCAAUCAUCUUUUUCUAAAAGCUGAUGAUCAUAUUGCAUUUAACAUCAGACAAUAUUUUGAACGAGCAUGUGCAUUCAUUGAUGAGGCACAUCAAUCAAAAGGUAGUGUACUGGUUCAUUGUGUUUGUGGCGUAUCACGUUCGACAUCAUUAUGCUGCGCUUAUUUAAUGAAACAUCAUUCCAUGAGUCUUGAACAAGCCUUAGUACAAAUACGUUCCCGUCGUCAUAUAAUUCAACCGAACGUUGGUUUUCUUAGACAAUUACUUCUCUAUGAUGAACAAUUACAACUCGAUCAUACUCGUCAGGAGAAGCCUGCCAUGAAUGUUAUUAUUGAAAAACUUGAGAAUAUUUAA